AUUCAGUCGGGUCGUCCAAUCUUCUAUCGUUAAAAGGCCUUGCUCGCACUUACAGAUGGCUGUGAGGCAGAUAUAAGGCAGCUCUCUCCCAAGAAAAGUGCAUUGCCACAUGCGCCUUUCCUGCAAGACGUGAAAAAGAAAUUUACUCUCUAUACGUGCACACCUAGUGCAACAUCCAUCAUGGUAGUAACAGAAUUUGUGAUCAAUACGCGAAAGAUGAGAUAUACGGGAGAUGCUAUGGUUGUCCUCAAAGCGAGUCGGGUGGAUGUUGACCUACAAGCGCAUGAUAACUGCAAGGACAGUGUAGCUUCCGGUCAGCAUGGCGACGACAAGCAAAGCUUCUCCUCGAACGGACGAGUAUGGAUCGAAAGUGGCAUAGAAUCACCUCCUCCGAAGCCCACAAGUGGGCGGCAUAUCGGGACUUUCGCAUUGACUACCGAGGUCGCCCCCUGGGUCAAGGAAGCAUUGGCAAGUUAUCAGCCGACUGAUGAAGUUCUUGCACUUGUUAACCCGUUUGCGGCUGAGUAUCAUGGCUUAUUCGAAGAAGAGAGAAGGUCGAGCUUCGGCUUGCAUGAUAUCGAUGCAAUCGAGCUGACAUACCAAUGCGCUUUGGAAGUUGGCGCCGCUAUCCUUCUAGCUGCCGAUGUAACUGAUGACCCGGUAUCUCUGUCGGUCCAACUACAUGCGUCUAAGGCUGGCGGAGAUGAUCAUUUGUCAUCUUGGGGCAAACUGCUUACCGGCCUUGAGUGCGAUCCUCCCAUCAUUGCACAAUUCCCUUUUUAUUUACUUAUGUGUCAAUCCUUCACCUUCGAGCCGACUUGCCACAGGGAGGAUUACGUAUACUCGGCCAUGACAGGUGUGGACUGGAUCAGAGGACAAAACAAAUUCAACGAUCGCUUGGCCACUUUCGAGGCCUUGGCACGCGCAUCCAUACCGACUCUUGAUGACACAAAAUCUGGCGAAGACCGUUGCUUCUGGCGACUCGCUCUUGGGUACAUCCGGGCCAUGAAUGACUGUGAAAAUGUGAGGUCUUUCAACACCCCACGAAAAGCGCAUAUCGAACAUGGGUUAGAUCAUGACUUGAUCAUCGCAGCUCGCGCUCUAGAUACUCUCGGUUCGGCUUACAUGUGCCGUGACGGGGCUGCCUGGCUCGACAACUGGGGCGUAGACUCGCUCAUCGGCUCUGGCCUCGCGAACGACGUUAUGGAUUUGCAUACUGAUAUUUUUACUGGGGAGACGCGCAACUUGCUUCGUCUUCUGUAUCCUCCAGGUAGAAGCCUCUCAGAGAGCAUGCAGACCAUGUCCACUAUCCUAUCGUCAAUGCUUUGCGAGAUUUUCAGAGGUCAUUACAGAGCGAGGAUGCAUAAUCGCGAAGAUGGGCGAGUCUCGUCCGCCUCCCCUCCAUACAGCUUUAGUCGAGCUCGACAUAGGCGUAUAUUCGAGACUCUCGAGCUCUACACAAACCGGUACCCACAGUUCUGGGAUUGGACAUGGGAGAUUUACCGUAUGGCCAAGUCCCAGGUGACCGAAGCCGCCAUCGCAGAGCCGCUUGUCUGCGGGAUCAAGAGGGCCGGCACGCGGGGUCAGUUGCCCGACUCCCCUGCCAAUAGCUUCUUCCAUCUAUGGUACGAAAUGAUCGAGGAUGGCUCCGAGCAGCUAGCCAAGAAGCAACCACUCGGUGUCAGUGAAGACUUGGCUGCCAUCGUCCGUGAUAUUCAUAGUCUGUGGCAUGAGCAACUGCUAGAUGCCACCAAGAAGCCUUCAGGAUGGGGUCGUGAGUUUGAUCACAAGUCUGAUAUGCUGUUGGGCAAGGCAGGCAGAAUCUUGGCUCGUAGAAGCGACAUAUCCGAAGAUAUGUAUAAGUUCAUGAUCGCUUAUGGGAGACUGAGUAUGGGUCUACCGUAUGUUGCUUACCAUACUAUCGAUGCCAUAAUCAUGGCGUUCGAGGCUAUAAGCUUGCUGUAAGCGUCAAACUAAAGACAAAGGAAUCCUUCCCCGUGGGUCUCGAGAUUACUAUGCGGCGGCUCUCGAUCUUGGUAUGCUCAGCCGGAAUUUAUUUUCACGUUUUGAAGAACAAACC